GGGACUCUACUCACUCUCCUCCUCUCCAGCACCACUUUCCUGAGCUUUUCCUUGAGGUUGGGGAAAGCCCAGACCCCAGCUGAAUAGCCAUGUCUCGCUCCGUGACUUUUAGCUCUCGCUCUGCAGCUAUGCCAGGGAUUAGCCAGGUCCGAGUCAGCACCGUCUCCUCAUCCCGUGGUGUGGGAGGGAGUGCUGGCUUGGGAAGGGUAGGCAGCUUUGGCAGCUCCAGUCUCUAUAACCUAGGCUCUAGCAGCAGGAGAGAGUCCCCGAUCGUACGUGGCAGCUCCUACAGCGUCCGCUCUGGAUAUGGAUAUGGCGGUGCCCUCGCUGCUGGGUUUGGCAGUGGGCUCCCAUCUCCUGGCAUCCAAGAGGUCACCAUCAACCAGAGCCUCCUGGCGCCCCUCAACCUGGAGAUUGACCCCACCAUGCAGAAGGUGCGGCAAGAGGAGAAGGAGCAGAUCAAGACCCUCAACAACAAAUUCGCCUCCUUCAUUGACAAGGUCCGAUUCCUAGAGCAGCAAAAUAAGAUGCUGGAAACCAAAUGGAGCCUCCUGCAGGACCAAAAGACGGCCCGGAGCAACAUUGCUCCCCUCUUUGAGGCAUACAUCAGCAACCUCCGGCGGCAGCUGGAUGGGCUGAUGAACGACAAAGGGCGUCUGGAGGGCGAGCUGAAGAACAUGCAGGAUCUUGUUGAGGAUUUCAAGAACAAAUACGAAGAUGAGAUCAACAGACGCACAACAGCAGAGAACGAGUUUGUGGUGCUCAAAAAGGAUGUCGAUGGUGCCUACAUGAACAAGGUGGAGCUGGAGGCCAGGGUGGAUGCCUUGACUGACGAGAUCAACUUCCUGAGGUCCCUCUAUGAAGCAGAACUCCAGGAGCUGCAGACACAGAUCUCUGACACCUCUGUGGUCCUGUCUAUGGACAACAGCCGUAAUCUGGACCUGGACAGCAUCAUUGCUGAGGUCAAAGCUCAGUAUGAGGACAUUGCCAACCGGAGCCGGGCGGAGGCAGAGUCCUGGUACCAGAGCAAGUUCGAGGUACUGCAAGCCACUGCUGGGAAACACGGAGACGACCUGCGCAGCACCAAGAAUGAGAUUGCUGAGACUAACCGCAUGAUCAUGCGGCUGCAGUCUGAGAUCGACAAUGUGAAAAACCAGCGUGCCAAGCUGGAGGCAGCCAUCGCUGAGGCUGAGGAACGUGGUGAGAUGGCCAUCAAAGAUGCCAGGGCUAAGCUGGAUGAGCUGGAGGCCGCCCUGCAGAAGGCCAAGCAGGACAUGGCCCGCCAGCUGCGGGAGUACCAGGAUCUCAUGAAUGUCAAGCUGGCGCUGGACAUUGAGAUUGCCACCUACCGAAAACUGCUAGAGGGCGAGGAGAGCAGACUGGCUGGAGACAGACCUGACAAAGUCAGCAUCUCGAUGGUCAGCUCUAGCAGUGGAAGUGGAUAUGGCAGCGCAGGUGGAAUCGGCUAUGGAAGCAGCUUUGGCCUGGGAGGAGCCAUGGGCAGCGGGGCCUUGAGCUUUGGCACUGGAGGCGGCUCCAGCCCGGUGAAAGCAUACUCCAUGACAACGACCUCUAGCAGCAGGACAAGCAUCAGAUAAGCUGCAGAAGCUAAAUCGCCACUGCCGAAAGAAAGAGGUUUUUGUUGUGUCCCAAUAGGUAAAAUGGCUCCAAUAACCCUGCAACGAUGAAUGAAAGAGCAAUAAGACGCAUCCCAGUCUACGACCCAACCACAGUUUCGAUCCUGAGCUCUUGAACCCAAAGUGAGCUUUGCCACUCACGACUUGACUAAGCCUCUGGGGUGAAUUUCAUCCUCGUGCAGAGGGCAAAGCUAUCCCUACAUGCUCCUGAACCCUUUGGAUGACCUCUCUGCUUGAGGUUGAAUUUCACCCAAGGCAAAAUCAUUUCAAUAUUGAGUUUUCCCACGUAUCUGCUGAAGGUUUUCAAAGGAGUAAAAAAAGUAGGGUGCUUAACUUCCCGUGAAGGAGGUUUGAGUUCCCAACUCCCUUAGGCUACUUUGCAAACUCAAGCCCCCUUUUUAAUGAACACAAAAGUGGUCCUAGUUUUUAUUUAGAAAGAAAGGAGAAGUUUGCUAAAAUGUGGUGAUUUCCCCCCACAUUUCUGAAACAGAAACAAACUUUAAACCACCCUCCUUUGAAUUAAAGUAAUUUCUUAUAGAAAACCUAGUAGACAGAUUUAAAUCUGGCUUUUUAUAAUGCAAAAAUUCACUUAUAAAUGAAGGUCAAGAAAUUAUGAAAACUGAAAUGUUCCCUCUUCCUCCCCUCACCCCCCCAAAAAAAAUUGCAUAUAAUUUUAGAAUAUAUAUCCCAGCCUAGGCCUCUCUAUUGGCAACUCUGUGUUUCAGUCUGAUGUGCAGGAUCAAGAAACAACAAGUAGCUUCCAUUAAUUUCCACACUUGCAAGAGACCAUUGUAAAAGCAGCCGUGGUUUACUCUCAUUUCAGUGCAGAGCCCAUUGGAAAUUUUGCUUUGCAAUUGUAGUGAAGGGAGGAAUGAAUUAGCUUGUAAAAAAAUAAAUAAAUGGGUUUCUGUCCUCGCGCUGAUGUAAACCCAGAAUAACUUGACUAAGGACAGUAGAGCAAAAUUGGAACAAGGGAGGAGAUUCUCAGGCUCAAAGAGAAAUACAGAAGGAACCAAAACUCCUGUAUUGCAUCUUGUAUUGUCAUUUAUGCUUGGGAAAAGUGCUUAUGAAAACGUGGACCCUGGCAUUUUGCACAUUGCAAAUGCUUUGCCUAAGCGUAGAUGCUGGUGGCAAGGCCCUGGGUGGUUGGGAAUCAGGGUCCUAUUCUAUACAGCAUUAUAUCACAUUCAGCAGACGAUGGGCCAGAUCUACAGCAAGGAUAAAUCAGCACAGCUCCAUUUGCUUCAGUAGGAUUACGCACAUUUACAUCAGCAGAGCAUCUGAGUCGGAGGGUCCAGAUGCCGUACCGCUUGUUAGGUAUUUGAGUGGCAAAUGGGUGUCUAAGUGCGAUCCUGUGCUACCCUGGCUAUGUCUCUGAAACACUGUGACCUAUUUAGUUUUGUAACAUGCCUUCAAUUUAGUCGUGAGCAAAGUCACAAAAAGGAGCAAGGAGGAGGAAUGGGACCCACGCACCUCUUGCAUUAAUAGGUUUGCAAGGAUUCAAGCAAUAAGACACACAAGAAGCCUACCAUUUAGACAUUUAGACACUUAAUCUACGGUACAGAAUCUCUCUCUCCUUUCUUGGUCUGCUUUAUUACUGACCUGGCCUUGUUGUUUGUAAAGCAAAUGCCCUGUCAUCCCAACUCUUUCGUGGGUUUGCUCCAAUGUGGACGAUAUCAUUUGGACUUGAGAUCUUGGCUGCUUUAUAACAAAGAGGUUAUACAGAGCUUAUUGGCUGCAUGGGCGUCAGGAGGACUGCUGGAAAUUGUAUCAUUCUCUCUUCGGGUACCUUUGCUCAGCAUAGAAAUAGGGGUAGUUUCGUGGAUUCGUGCUUUCUGGGGAACAGCUCCAGCGAAGCCGAGACCAUUGAAACAGUUCUUUGGUGCUUCUAGCUGUCACAGAGCUAGAAGAGAGCACAGUCCAUUGUUUUGCUACACUAAACAGUUGUUGCAGCCCAACUAGCUCUCUAGCUCUUUCCACGGUGCAUUCAAGCUAAAUGACAUUCAUUCUCAUUGUUUGGUUGAUUCUGUCUUAGAGGAAAGAAAAAGCCACACACAGCUUUUGUAUUGGAUUAUCAACCAUAUCCUCCCUGUAUUGUAGCUGUGGUUAACAUUUCCUGACUUUGUGGUAUGGGUGUGUGCAUGUCACCUGCUUUUAAUAAAGUUUGCCCAGUGUA